AUGGAGAAUGGUGACGUGAUCCUGGACAUUCCUGUCCAUCCUGUGUCUGAGGGAGAUUCUCUGACUCUCCGCUGUUUAUUUCGCUCCACAAAGCCCUCAAACCUCACAGCUGAUUUCUAUAAAGAUGGAUCACUGCUCCAGACCCAGACGACAGGAGAGAUGAUCAUCCGUACUGUCUCAAAGUCAGAUGAAGGUCUCUACCACUGUAAACACCCAGAGAGAGGAGAGUCACCACAGAGCUGGCUCUCAGUCAGAGCUUCAGGUUCUGGUGUAACAGUAGUAGUAAUAGUGGGAGUGUCAGUGGGACUGAGUCUAAUCUUGCUCCUCAUCAUCAUACUGGGCCUGAUUUGCUGCUACAAGAAGAGCAAAGGUGAUUCUGCAGCUCAGCCCAGUGAUGACACUUACGCUGAGAUUAUGACUACAAACAGCUACAGAGGAAGCGAUGAAGCAGUGAGGAGACCAAAUGAUGUGGCUUAUUCCCAAAUUGAGAUGAAACAUUUCAACUACCACAGUGAAGGUCUGUGAAGAAAACUGCUGCUGCUGCUGUCGCAGGACAGAAAGUAAGCAUUUCCAGAAACUCCUGGUUGGGUUU